UGACGACCGGCCAAGAUGGGCUCGAUGGGCUUGGACGACCUGCUGUCCGCGUUCGCUGGAGUGAACAUGGACGACCACGAGCAGCUUGUCGGCACCUUUGCCCGCGUGCUCGGUGCCGACGCCGACCAGUCGCGCUUCUUCCUCGAGGCGUCGGCGUGGAACCUCGAGUCGGCCGUGGGCAACUUCCUGGACACGGUGGGCACGCGGGCCAAUCUCGCCACGCCCUCAGCGGAGCCCGCCUCCGCCUUCCGCGGCGAGGAGAGCGUCCAGCAGGUCAACGCGCACGUCUUUGCGCCGGGGCAGCCGAUCCAGCUGGUGUGGACGUUUGUCAACGUGGGCCCAGCGCCGUGGCCGCUGGACGCCGCCCUGGUGCACACCGAGGGCGACGCGCUGGGCGGGAACCCCGAGGUCAGCGUAGGCGGCUGCCAGCCCUCGGUCGAGGCGCCCGUCCAGCUCAACUUGCGCGCUCCGGCCUCGGCCGGCAGCUACGCGAGCGCGUGGAGGCUGCGGUACUCCGGCGGCUACUUUGGCGACGCGAUCUGGCUGGUGGUGAACGUGGACGGCUCGUUGCCCCCCGCGGCGCCGCCAGCGGCGAUGCAGCAGCCCUCGCACGAGCAGCAGAUGCAGCAGAUGCAGAUGAUGAUGAUGCAGCAAAUGCAAAUGUCGCAGCAGCAACAGCAGAUGCAGACGGGGUUCGGGCAGCCGCAGCCGCAGGUGGGGAUGGCGCAGCCGGUCGACGACGAGGACAUGGACCUGUGAGCGCACCGAGAACACGCCGUGCGCGGAGGAGGGAGCGAGGGAGGGAAAGAGGAGGCAGUUUUGAGAGCCCGCUGCCCCGGGAGGCGCAAGGUUCGCCUCUCCGCACUGUGGAGCCGUCUCCCCGCUACACACAACCGCCUGUCCACACCGGCACACGCUGAGAGUCGGUGCGGCGGAGCGUUCGUGGACGUCAAGCGGGGAGAGAGUCGAUCACGGCGUGGGGAUCUUGGAGUACUUGGAUCUCUCGCCAGCUCUCGGAGUCGCCCGCGGCGGGGUUUUGAGGAGUGUUGCGCUGUGGGUCUCGUAUACGGGAAGUACGGGAAAGCGGGUGAGCAGCAUUCUCCUUGUUU